GAUUCUGAUUGGACAAAAGGUCUCCACGAGGGUUUGCAUGUAAAAGAUUCCCAAAGAGGUUUAUUGUUUCUUUGCUCUCAGGAGCCGAAAUUGUUGGCCAUAGAUUUGGUUCUACAAUCAAAUAACGAAGCGAAAAAAUGGCUGGUGGCAAAGCAGGAAAAGACAGCGGAAAAGCCAAGGCCAAGGCAGUGUCCCGCUCACAGAGAGCUGGUCUUCAGUUUCCUGUGGGCCGUAUCCACAGGCACUUAAAGACCCGUACAACCAGCCAUGGUCGAGUUGGAGCUACAGCAGCUGUGUACAGUGCGGCUAUCCUUGAGUACCUCACUGCUGAAGUACUAGAGUUAGCUGGCAAUGCCUCCAAAGACUUGAAGGUGAAGCGUAUUACUCCUCGUCACUUGCAGCUGGCCAUUCGUGGUGAUGAGGAGUUGGAUUCCCUCAUCAAAGCCACAAUUGCUGGAGGAGGUGUCAUUCCCCACAUCCAUAAAUCCCUUAUUGGGAAGAAGGGCCAACAGAAGACUGUGUAGAUGCCACAUUGACCAGAAAUAUUUGGGCUUGGUGUUUGGUGGACCAGGAGUUUUCACUUUUGUCCUUUUUUAUUGUUAUUUUAGCAAACAAAGAGUGAUUGUUAGACUUUGUGUUAUUUACUCCCAUAUUUAGUAAAAAAAAAAAGUACAGAAACCUCUUUAAUCGCAAUCCUUUUGUAUGUCAUUUAGAGUUUGACUGGGAAGUUCAUGAUGAUUUCAGUCGAUGACAGUGAAUUUGUUUGAUUGGCUUUGGAUUCUGUAAUGUUUUAUACUGAAAGAAAUUGUUAAACCAUUUUUAUAUACAGAACUUGUUCCUGUGGUUAUUUUUGUGUUACAAUAUUUACUAUAAUACAAACUUUUUAAAUGAAACUUGGACAGAAAAACAAAACGGCAAAUAUGAAAUGGUGCUCUGUUUUAUUCUUGACCUUUACUGUAAUAUUUUGAACUGCACAAAAUAGUGUUGUAUUAAAAACAUGACUUUUUCAAAA